UGCACUUUCAUUCACAACUAUUGGCUUGGAUUAAAUUUUAGUGAACGAUUAGUUAAAUCUAACAAAUACAAAUAGUAAACAAAGAGUAUUUUAAUCCAAAAAGACGGUAUUUGCUGAAACACAAUAUCCCAUAAAGAGUGUUCAAGGGGAGUGGCAACUAGCAGUUAGUAAGUUUCAUAUGCUUAAUUGAGAUUGUAAAGUUUGCAUUUUGCUUUUGUUAGCGUCCACGUAAAGAUACGUUUAUUGUAAGCAAACAAUAUUUUCGGAUUACUUUGAUUAUAUUGGUUUUAAUAUCAGCUAGAAUUAUUUGUUUUAGCGGUUAUAUUUUAAUUUGUACGUAUAAUUUUAAAUGUAUAUGUAUUUUCUACACUUUUCAAAUAACGUAAACGUAAUUAAAAAGUAUUUACUGGUUUCUAAAGUGCGCGCCGCAAUGGCUAGAAGAACUCAAGUGCAUUCAGUCGAAAUAACCGAUAAUACAGAGGAACUCGAAAGUCCAAUAACUAUAGAGACCGGCUCGUUAGCAAUAAAAGAUGACUCUAACAAAGAACCACAAAAGGAUUUGUGGGAACGUCCUGCAUCCUUAGAAGCGCCCGUGUUGCCCGAUGAUGGUUCAACUAUAUUACGUUUUGAAAUUCAACUUGCUCGUAUUAUGCCACCCGAUGGCGAGGAUCUUAAAGUAAAACGUUAUGUAGUUUAUGAAUUAUCUGUACGUCAAGAUUCCUCAAUCAUCGAUCCACAACCAGCGAGUAUUCAACGUCGUUAUACCGACUUUCGCAAUCUAUACAACAUACUUAAGAAGGAAUUUCCAAAUAAAAUGUCAACUUUGUAUUUCCCGAACAAGGUGCUCGUUGGCAAUUUUUCAGCUGAUUUAAUUGCAGAACGUAGCGCUGCAUUUGAGACCUUUCUAACGCAUGUAACCAGUUGUAGUACAUUACGUGACACGCCUGCCUUUUUACAUUUUCUACAAGAUAAUGAAUUGUCCAAAGCCUGUCAACUGCUGGAUGAGCGUCGUAAUGAAAUGGCAAUACCAUUAUUGGAAAAUUGUUUUCGCUUAUUGAACAAAAUAUUCAUGGAUCGUUCAAGACCAGUACUACUUAUACUAUGUCGCCUAGUAGCGGCUUGUACUAUGUCUCCAGUGCCUCAUCAUUCAGCUGAACGUUGGGCAACUUUGGCCUUAAGUCGAUACGAUACACUGUGUGACAUCGACCUCCUUCAAUUGUAUAUUCCGUUGUUGCACACAUGUACGCAUUUGUGGUGGCAGCGGGGCUUGGAUCAAAAGCCAAUAACUGAUCGUCUUGAAGAAAUGUCUAAAAAGGGUAUUAAUACCAAAAGUAACGUUACUCUUAUACAAGCUAUUCAUAAGUUGGAUCCGCGUACUGAAACAAUAUAAAUAAAAUAUGGUAAAAGAACGCGCACCUAUUUAAAGUCACAUAGAAAGUAGCAUUUACUGGAUAUUUAGUACAUGGUUUAAACGUCUACUAGCAAUUAAGGCUAAAAGUGCAAUUGUCUAUCAAUUCAUCAUCGUGCAUACAUUACAUUUUAAUUGUGGAUAAGUAUCGAUAUUUUAUUCAAAUAUAUAUAUAUAUAUAUUUAUAUUUGUGUAUUAAAGUUGAUUUAAAAUUUCGUGCUAAAUGCAAUUUUUUAAUCUAAUCUCGUAAUAAUUUAUAUAUAUAUUUUUUUUAUAAUGUCAAUCAUGUCAAUUGUUUUUAUACGAAUUUAUCUUAACAAAUAUUGUAUAAAUUUUUAUGGUAGCGAAGUUUAUAUAUGUUUUAAUGUUUUUAACAGACGAUAUUUAUUUUAUUUAUAUAAUGGACAUAUCGUGUUUUGUAUAUUUUCUGUAAAAACAAACCAGCAUUUAUACAUGAAGGAUGUCUCGUUAUACAUAAUUUAAUAAAAAUAAAUAUAAUUUUUAUAUGAAAUACAACCAAAAAGCAUUUAAUGAAAACUUGAAUUUGUCGAACGAAAAGUAAUGAUAUACAAGUAUUGCUUUGCACAUAUAUUUUUAUUUUUUUUAGUUAUUCAUUUCCGAACACUUUCAAACAUUUGUUUUGAUAUUUUUUACGGACACAGUAUAAGCUAUUUCACUUUGUUUACAAAUUUGGCGGCUAAACUUUCACACGAUCAGCUGCAAACAAAAGUAAAUAGCGUUCUAAUCGAAGAAGCAAUGGAGCCUUGUAUUAUAGAAUUUAUUGGCGAGAAGUCCACAAUUGGCAUUGUGCCGAAUUUUUCAUUCGAUCCUCUGCAUUUAAUAUCGGGUAGUGUGGGACCGUUUCGUGCGGGGCUUCCCGUCCAUGUGCCACUAUGGCUUGGUAUACAUUUGCGCAAACAACAAAAAUGCCGCAUUGUGCCUCCCGAAUGGAUGGAAAUUGAACUAUUGGAAGAGAUCAAAGAAGCAGAAAAGAAAUCAAAGUUCUUCACAAAGAUGCCCAGUGAGCAUUACAUGGUGGAAGCACAAUUGAUCAUGAGCACUGCGCCAGACGAUGUGCCACGUUGUGAAGAGCUGCGUACGAUUAUCAAAGAUAUUUUUGAUAUUCGUGAAGCAAAAUUGCGAACAUCCAUCGACGCAUUCAUCAAGGGCGAGGGUACAUAUGCGAAAUUGGAUAAUUUAACGCUGUUAGAAAUGCACACUGUUCGCCCAAUACUGCCUCACUCACUGGACCAUAUAGCGCGUUACCAACGAACAGCUUUGGCUACACAACGUGAUACUUCUUCGUUGGGAUUGAGUAAUUCAAUGAAUACAAGUCAUUUCUCUCAAUAAAAUAAAAAAAAUAAGUAAAAA